AUGCCGGCGAUAUCAGAUGCGGUACUGGGCCAAGCGGGUGUGGCUUUGGCACAGUUCGGAACCACAGCCACACAUGCGCAGCGCGAUAUCGUGGAUGUCGUCUCUUCGCUCGUGCGACGGUUGAACAUACCAUACAACAGCACAAGUCCAGCAGGGCUGAUCGAAGCCAACACAGUGGACCCCUGGAACAAGAGUGGCAAAUAUGCUCUUGCAUAUGUCUACUUCUGCAUACCACUGCUCACUAUUGCUGCGCUCCUACGAUACUACCAUUUGUUCACGGAUAAGAUCCGGACCGCGCUACACCAAGAAGAGGUACUACAAUCUUCAGCGACCUCCUCCCCCGACACAGACUACGAAAUGUCGGUCCUGUAUACUGACAAGUCUACUAUGAAGUUCUUUCCUCGAGAGGGUCCAUUGCCGAAUGGACCAAAGACACAAUCAAGUGUCUCUUCGCUCGGACCAAUUAACAACUUGGUGGCCCUGUUCCGUUUCAUUUUCUACCGACCGAUUCGACAAAUCAACAUCCGUAAAGGCUGGAGACCACUUGUAUUUCCUUCCUUGAGCGUCAUCGUCAUCGUGUUUCUCGCGUUUGCAGUAGGAAUACUCUACUGCUGUAUACCCCAGCCACUGUUCUGGAAGAGCAUCACAUAUGGAUCGCCACCACUUGCCGUUCGGUCCGGCAUGAUGGCCGUUGCUCUACUGCCAUGGAUCAUAGCUCUCUCGACGAAAGCGAACCUUAUAACCAUGGUCACCGGUAUUAGCCACGAGCGAUUGAAUGUAUUGCACAGGUGGGCGGCCUAUCUGUGUCUCGUGCUCAGUAUCCUGCACACUGUACCUUUCUACGUCACUCCGAUUUGGGAAAAGGGUGCUCGAAGAGUGUUCGAAAGCUUCUUCCAGCAGGACGGCUUCUAUGCCUAUGGUACCGGCAUCGCCGCUCUUGUUCCACUAUGCUUCCUGUGCAUGCACUCUGUCGCACCCCUCCGCCAUCGUAUGUAUGAGCUUUUCGUAGCUCUCCACGUGCCGGUCGCCAUCGUCUUCCUUGGCAUGAUGUUCUGGCAUUGCAACAACUACCUCACCUCUUGGCAUUACCUGUUCUCCACCCUUGGCAUCUGGCUUCUAUCCUACUUCAUGCGACUAUUCUACUUGAAUUGGACCAACCCGUUCCGGUUAUCGUGGCUUAUUGGAGACGAAGCUGCCGUUACCCUCAUGCCAGAAAACGCUGUCAAGAUCACAAUACCUACCCAGACGAAGUGGAGACCUGGGCAGUAUGUGUACCUCAGGAUGCCUGGUAUCUCGGUGUUCGAGAACCACCCGUUCACUGUCGCAUCACUAUGCGAUGACGACUUUCCAUCAGAGUAUGGUGAGGGCUACAGGGACAUGGUUCUCGUCUUCAGGCCAUUUGGUGGCUUCACCAAAAAGGUUGUUGAAAGCGCAUUGACACACGGCCCCUGGCACACAUAUCGCGCUUUUGUAGAUGGCCCAUAUGGAGGCAUGCAGCGACGCAUCGAAGCUUUCGACGACGUUGUGCUCAUUGCUGGUGGUAGCGGUAUCACCGCAAUCAUCUCGCAGCUUCUUUGCCUCAUCAAGAAGAUGCGCGACGGCAAAGCUGUUACGCGCAAGAUCCAUGUUAUCUGGGCACUGAAGCGUCCCGAGACGAUGGAAUGGUUCAAGGAGGAACUUCGCAUUUGCCGAGAAUUUGCGCCUCCAGAGACUGUGGAAUGCCAAUUCUACAUCACCGCAGCAAAGCGCGUUGUAGGCGGCGGUCUCGUCAGUGCGAAGACACCCACACGCCCUGUGUCAAUGUUCUUCCACGACAAAGUCAACGACGCAUUCCAAAACAUCGCAGACCACCGCCUGUCCGGCAUAUCCGGCAUCUCUUCAAAGCGUCACUCCGCCAUGAUCCGCGACGAAGCUCAAGGCGACCCCGAGAAAGAAAGCGAACUCCGUCGCGAGAACGAGGACCACAUCACAGCGCUUCCACAAACACACGUUCGACACCUCGCACCACCACGCCCCAGCUACCAAAGCAGCCACUCCGACACAUCAUCGCACCAUGACACGAUCUCCCCGAUCUCCCACUCCAUCUCUGCACGCCGCACAGACCGUAAUCUCUCCCUCGACAUCUCACAAGCCAUCAAAGCCGGCUCCGGCGCCAUAAACCCCGACGUCUACGACCCCAGCAACUCCUCGGCCGUGCAAGGCUUCGACUUCGGCUUCCCAUCCACGCCAACCGAGUUCCAAAAGAACCUAAUGCGGUUCGCCUUCCUACCCGCGGCCGUCAAGAAGAAAGACGGCUGGAGCACCGAGUACGGACGUCCCGACAUACCAUUUUUGUUGAAAGGGCUGAGUCGCGAUUUUGGGCGGCGGACGUGUGUGUUCAUUUGUGGGCCACCGAGUAUGCGUGUUAGCGUUAGUGAGACGGUUGCGGAUUUGCAGAGGAGCGUGUGGAGUAACGGGGAGAGAGAUGAGAUUUUCUUGCAUGCGGAGAAUUAUGCGCUGUAG